AUGUUUUGGCUAGAUGGGAAUGCAUUUGUUGAUUUUAUGUGUUACGGGGAUGUGCUGAUCUUUAAUAGCACAUACAAAACCAAUGUUUACAAAAAGCCAUUGGUUUUGUUUGUUGGGUCAAACAAUCAACGGGGAAAUAUUUUGUUUGGUGCUACUCUUCUUGUCGAUGAAACGGUGGAGACAUACACUUGGCUGUUGCGUUCAUUUUUGGAUGCAAUGAAUGGGAAGAUGCCAACAGCUGUACUCACAGAUAGAGAUGAAGCCAUGAGUAGUGCAAUUGAAGACGUGAUGCCACAAGCAAAGCACUGUCUUUGUGCUUGGAACCUUUCCAGAAACGCCAACACUAAUUUGAAGUACGACGAAAAGUUGAAAGCUUUUAACAGGUGCAUGAGAAAAUUUCAAACUGUAGAGCAGUUCGAAGUAAUGUGGCACAACAUGGUGGAGAAAUUCGAUCUCCACAACAUUUUCUGGAUCAACAUGAUGUAUGAGAAACAAGAUAAGUGGGCUCAAGCAUAUUUUAGGAACCAUUUUAUGGCUGGCAUGAGAAGCAUGCAGAGGUGUGAGGGCAUGAAUAGGUUCAUCAAAGACUCUAUUGGGAGCGGCAUGAAACUGGUCGAAGUCAUUCCGAGGAUGGACCGAGCACUCAUGAGAUUGAGAAACAAUCAAGUAAGGGAUGACUUUAAUACUAUGAACUCAACCCCUGUUCUCGAAACUCACCUGAAAGACUUGGAGAAUCUUGCAGCUUCUAUAUACACAUACGAUGUGUUUAAGUGGGUUAGGAAGGAGAUCAGGAAGGAGAGCCAAGCCACACUACGACAAGGACCAGAGUACUUUGAAGAUGGGUACCGUGUUUACACAAUGUCAGCUUACAAGUGGCCUGAUUUUGAGCACAAGGUAGUUUACUACCAUGGGAAAAACACUGAAAGUGGAGCAGACCCCAUCAUGGUAUGUUCUUGUAACAUGUUUCAGUAUUGGGGAGUCCUAUAUCGUCACAUGUUCAUAGUGAUGAAACACGAAUGCAUCAAUAAGAUUCAAAAGUCACUGAUUGUGAAGAGAUGGUCGAAGUCUGCUAGAGAUGUGUGUGUUCAAUCAAAUAUCCAGAACAAGAUAUUUCCAAAGAAGUCCUGGAAGUUAGUAGGUAUGGUGCUGUGA